AUGGCUCAAAGUACUACCAGCAAGUUAAUGGUAUCUCUAGGCCCUCCAAGGCCAAGCGUCUCCCUCACAUCCACAGCAACAUGUGUUACCAGUACAAUCCUAGGAGUUACCGCUUGUAUCAGAACGCCUCUUUGCUUGACCUCUCCUUGGACUGUGGUUGGAACGGCUGUAACUCUUGAUUCCAACGGUCUCCCAUUCUUGGAGUGCAUCAAUACUACCUCUGGCGCUGCUGAGCCAACUACGAGCGGCCGGAUCAAGCCCAGUGGGAUAGCUUCGGUUUCUUUGCAGCAUACUCCGUUGGAUUCGACUUUUGAGGCUUCUGGGACUUCGACUUCUAACAUACCGUCAACAACUUCGUCUGCUACAGGUAUUUCCGCACCAGCUGCAACUCAAAGUACCAAUAUGGCGGGUCAUGCAGGUUCACCUUCUGGAAUAUUAAUCCCAGUCUUCCUUGCUUGGCUUGGAAUUUUCACAGUUUGCCAUCCUGGGCAUAUCUAA